UGCUGGACACACAGAGCGGAUCCCCGCAGGACUUCAGGCUCCUGACCACAGACCCGUCCCAGCUGACUAAAGAGGACCUGCCGGGCGACCUUCAGUCCCUGUCCUGGCUGACCUCCGUGGACGUGCCCCGACUACAGCAGAUGGGGGCCACCAGACAGGACUACGCUAACGCCGCCGCACAGGCCUCACUGCUGGAGCAGCAGGCAGCUCAUCUGAAUGGCAUGACGUUGACUGGCCUGCCCAACUCUAUGAUUCACCUGCAGAGCAACAUGCAGCACAGCCCACUGGGAAUCAACAGCAUGGCCCAGUUCCCCCUGAAUGGCCAGCCGUCUCCUGGCUUCCCCUGCCCUGCAUCAGUCUACCAGCCCUCAAGCCAGCAGGCGCUCACACUCACACAGGCAGGACAACAGUGUUCUCCAGUCGGACUGUACGGCAGCUACGCCAAUCAGACGCUGUUCUCUCAGCCGCGCAUCGCGCCCCAUGGCAACCAGGAGCUGCACCCAAAGUCCUUCCCCAAACCCAUCUACUCAUACAGCUGUCUCAUCGCCAUGGCGCUGAAGAACAGCAAGACUGGCAGUCUACCGGUCAGCGAGAUCUACAACUUCAUGAAGGAACACUUCCCUUACUUCAAGACGGCUCCUGACGGCUGGAAGAACUCUGUGCGCCACAACCUGUCCCUCAACAAGUGCUUUGAGAAGGUGGAGAACAAGCUGAGCGGCUCGUCGCGUAAGGGCUGCCUGUGGGCCCUCAACCCCGCCAAGAUCGACAAGAUGGAGGAGGAGAUGCAGAAGUGGAAGCGCAAGGACCUGCCCGCCAUACGCCGCAGCAUGGCCAACCCAGACGAGCUGGACAAGCUGAUCACUGACCGCCCCGAGAACUGCCGGCGGAAGACCCUGGAACCCCCGGGCCUGACCAGGCUCCCUGUGGUGUGCCCCUCGGGCGGCCCCAUCACCGUGCAGCCUCAGACGGUAGCCACCCUGGCCCUGCAGUGCCUGCCCCUCCACCAGCAGCAGCAGCUGCAGCUGCAGAGCCAGUCGCGACUGGCCCCCAUCUCCCCGGCGCCGGCCCAGACGCCGCCCCUGCACACCGUGCCGGACCUCAGCCACAGCCCGCAUCCGCAGCAGCAGCAGCAGCAGCAGCAGGACCUGUACGGGCUGCAGGGGGCAGACGUGAAUAAUGAGGUGGAUGCUCUGGACCCCAGCAUCAUGGACUUCGCCCUGCAAGGUAACCUGUGGGAGGAGAUGAAGGACGAGAGCUUUAACCUGGACGCCCUGGGCACUUUCAGCAACUUUCCCCUGCGCCUGUCCGACGUGGACCUGGACACCGGCAGCGCUCCCCCGACCUCCUCCAGCACCCCUACCCACACCCCAAGCCACACCCCCACCCUGGCCUACCCAGACCUCCAGCUGACAGGGGUCUACACGUCCGUCAACGCCCUGGAUCACGCCCUCUCCACCCAGUACAUGAGCAGCACACAGGGUGGGGCCAAGCCCAUCGUCCUGCUUUAACCUUUAAGUCCUCGCCAACCAGCACCAGCACCAUCAUCACAACCGCAUCUUUUUCGAAUGGUUUAUUUUGAGUUUUCUGAACACAUCAUCCUGCUUUGGCUAACUCAAGGCCAGCCGCCACUACCAGCUCACAGUUUACAGAACAGAAGAGAGAAAUACGUACACUAGAAGAGAGAGAAGAGAGAAAUACACUAGAAUAAAUAAUUAUAUAGGGCUGCCCAAACAGAGCAAAGACUGUGGUUUUAAGACUAUAAAACCUGUUGUUGAUCUUAUUUCUGACACCAAAUUAUGAGAACACUAAAGAGUCUUUUUUUCUUCUUUCUGUCUUUGCUAGAACACUCAAAGUGUAUUCCUGAGACCUUGUGUCUUGUAUAUUUGACAUGUAGCAGUGCUGUUCAUGAAUGUGAAUUCUUUGAUGAAACACAAGAGACAGUAUCAACAUCAAGAAAGGAAUUUACUUGUAGAGGAGUACUUGGAGAAACGACUAUUACGACAGCUGUAAAAUACAAUACGCAAGAAAUAAUUUGCAUAACCAACAAACAAGAUCUCAUUAAACAUUGCAUCAUCAUGUACAUAUGUUGUUGUGGCAAAGUGGUGUCUUUUUCACCCUUUACUAGAAUUGUUCAGAGUACUUGCCAUAUUCUUUGGUUAGUAUUGUUAUGGUAGUGGUGUGUAUUUUUUAAUUGUUUGAAUCGUGAUAGACAGUAUAACUGUGGAGUGUGUCUUUUUUAAUGUUUAUUUAUAUUUAUUAAUGUAAGAAAUACACUUUCGAUAAGUUUGUCUUUUGUUUGUAUGUAAAUACUGUAUUUUGCAAGUCCCUGCUAAUAGUGAAUGAUGUGACAAAAGUUCUUAUGCAGUGAAUCCAAACACAAAAAAAAAUGUGCCAAUGUUUUCAAGGCGUACAAAAGACGUUAGCUCCUCCCAUAUAGAAAUGUGUUUGCCACUGUGCUUGGACUGUUACAAUCUAAAGAUUUUGAAGUUUUUUUGUGUGUGUAACUGAAUGAAAGCAUGUGAAAUACUGUACAAUAAACGAGGAAGGCGGAGGGGGCUACAACACUACACACUGGAAGUCUGUUAAGUCUGUGUAAAAUGACAAAAGACCAACAAAGGUCGGCGUCUGCGCCUUGAACUUAAUACUCGUGUAUUGCUUGGUGCGAGCACUCCCAAAAAGUAGUAAUCACUCAAGAUAAUGGAAAAAAUGAGGCGCACACAAGACUUGUGUGAAAAAGUGUAUUGAAGCCGAAAAUAUACAACAGAAGUCUAAGGUUAAAUGGCAGUCUGUGUAAAAUACAUUUAUUACUUGUGGAUUUCAAGUAAUCCCAUCAGUAGUGAGGCAUCCAGGGCACAGAGAAGGGCGGAAAGAAUAGACAUUUGACAUGGCAUCCCAACAUACUAGCAGACAAGCUGAGGGUAGAAACGGAAGGAGGUGCACACAUUCAAAAGAAAUAAACACAGGUCAACUUCAAGGUUAACAGGGUGUUGAAAAGAGAGGGGUCUGCACACAGUUUUUUUUGCAACAAAAAAAAGACAAAAAGUUAUAGUUACUGAGAUCCAGAAAAAUCUCCCAGCUUUGUCGGGAAGCAAACAACCAGUAGCAAACCAAGGGAGGCGGGUCGACCAUGCGGUUUAGGAAAUGUUCGUUGUUAUGCUCUUGGUCAGACCAAGUCUCGAGGAGAUAUGAAAGUCGAUGAUAAUCAGGCUUGCAUUUUGAUGGUAUCGUAUCUUUGUCUUUUCCCAAUGACGCUACCCUGAUUCUUAAAAUAAUAUUCUUUUUUGGAGCAAAAAUGUUGUAAACAAACAGCACCUCUUCUAACAGUGAAAAAGCGGGUGGACGUGAUGUCAUGUGAUAUGGGAUGCCAUCAGACUCUGGCAUCCAGUGGCUUUGUGCGUUGAGAUACAGGCAGUGGUCAAAACACUCACAGCAUUUCAUUGACAAAUUUCAAUUACACAACUACAAGAGUGAAUUGUUGCGAGCACAAAAUGUUGACAUAGUAUAAAAAAACAAUAACAAUGUUUCUUUCUUCUCAAUUACACGUUUCAGUAUAGUGACACAUUAACUUGAUGCAUUUUGGGAAUAGCACAGCACACAACAACAUUUAUACAUCCUACAAUCCUACAAUGAUCCUACAACGAUGGGGGGAAAAACUCAGCAAACUUCACAAAAAACACAAAAUAACAGCUUAUGAAAAACACCAACACCACGUUAUUGUUGCAAUACUGUGGUAAUAGCAUGGAUAAUGCUAAUUCACCAUUUUGUCAGAGACAGGGUUAUACGAUGGGCCAUUACCCGGUCAUUCACGAUGGGCAAUUACCCUUGCAUUUAAGAGAAACUGGGCUGUCAGUUAUUUUUUGUGAAUGAGGUGCUGUUUCCACGUAGCUGGAUAUUUUUAUAUGUGGAUAUUUUUUUCUCCUGGUUGCAUUGGUUUUACAUUGGUUUUGGCCUUCCGUUUCCACGUAGCAGAUAUUUAAAACCCAGGUUUAAAAAGCAGGAGAAAAAAAUAUCCUGUUUAGGGGGCUGAAACGCAUUUGUUACAAUGGAGGAUUUACUUUUAUCCACAUGUUGUGUUUACACCUCAACAGGAGAAAAAAAUACCCUGCUAAAAAAAUAUCCUGCUACGUGGAAACAGCACCUGAGUUCCCUUUACUACUAGUGUGGAGAGGCACUACAAUACAGUUCAGCAUCUUUGGUUUCAGCUCAUAAUAACAGCUAGCUGUUAGAAUGUUAGAAUCUCUCAGUAAUGGUAAUAACAUCCCUUUGCGAAAAUCAACACAGAUCAACUGUGGUGUUCAUCAUGAGACCUUUGGACACCAGGACACUCAUGACAUGAAUCAACUGGCACUACUGGCCCCCGUGAGUUCCUAUGGAGGUCUUAGGAUGAAAAUACAGGCACCAUUACAGUAGAGGCCUUCUGUUUCUGUUUCUGGGAGUGACUUUCAAAUGUUUUCGGAAAGUAAACAUCCAACUACUGAUUUCAUUCAACCAGCUGUUGAUCAACUCAUCAUAAACACUAAUACUAUAAACACUGCUAUUCUGCAAAGUCACCUGUAUUAGAAGUGAAACGUUGCACAGUUUUUUUGUUUUUUUUUUUUACUUUCUGAAGCGAGGAUGGACACCUCUGGGCUUACGAUCCAUGACUGGCUUUGCCUAAAUAGCUUAAUUGAUCAGUGGGACAUCCUGCAGAUUACUGUACAUUCAGCAGUCGGUAAACGCAAGACA